AUGGCUACAGGCGUUAUAACUACUGACUGUCAUGGUGCCGGCCGAGGUCAUUGCCAUAGUUCAGACUGGGAGGACGGCACAGCCAAGCAUCUUGCUAGCAGUAAGCACCGUCUCAAGGAGACUGAGGGUUUUUCAUUAUCACGUUUAGAGAAUUUGCCCGCCGAGCUGAGAACCCUGCUUCUCUUGAGUAUGCCAGACCUCCCAACGCUGCGCUCUCUCGUCCGCGCCUCUCCCAUUCUGCACGCCCAAUACCUUGAUAACCGUAACAAUAUUCUUUCCGCCUGUUUGGACUACGAAGUGGAUGGCUUCCUGAUCGAUGCCUACGCUACUGCCAUGUCUCGGGCGCGUGAGCUUGGGUCUCCCAGGACUGACAAGAACAUUACCGACUUUCUCAGUACCUAUCAGGCUUGGCUGUCAGGUUCAACUCCCGUUCCAGAUAUCAAAUCAAUUCAUGCCAGUCGUAUCCGUUGGUUAGCGGCCUACCACCUGUCUGUCGCCCGGCCUCUGGCUCACCUAUAUAGCAACUGGGCACUCGCAAACCUCAAUACCGCGACCCUCUCGUCAACGGGCCAGCAAGGAGCAGCAGCAGUAGCAGUAGAAGAAGUAGCUUCUCCUGCACAAGACGAGCACGACGUAGAACUGAGUAGAAGCGAGGAGAGACGCGUUUUCCGAGCUCUUUACCGGUUUGAGACUUAUCAGCACCUCUUCGGCCAGAAUCAAGCCCCACGCCACGGAUCAUUUCGUCAUCAUGAAAUUAAUGACUGGUUCUUUUGUAUUUUUGACCCUUGGGAAGCCGAGGCCAUCGGAUGCAUUGAUAUCUUUGUCAGGCUUAGAUACGAAGACACCUUCAAUGAAAUAAAUAAAGAUCUGCACCCUAGGAAUGCCAGGUUCAGGCUCGAGAAUGGGGUUUAUAACCCCGAGGGAUCAUACGACCUAGAGAUGGAGCAUGACAGCUACAUGGACGGCACCGUUUCCCGCGGCUUAAAGAUGACAGCACGGCUAUUAGGAAUCGACGACCACGAGAAGCUUGUCUCUGAAAUGCAGCGGUGUCUUACUCACUAUCGGGACUUGGAUGCACCUGUAAGGAGUGCCCUCGGGUCUGAGGCACAGAAUGAUCGGCGUGAGAUGUCGACUAACUUCCCCAACACGAGGGACGAGGCCGAGCAGAGGCGGGACCCCAUAAACUUCAUUGGAGACACCGCGCCGCCCGACGGGCUGCCAAUCGCGUGGGUUCUUUUGUGGGGUGGCAAGUAUGCCAACAUUUACGGAGAAUACGUGCCGCAGUCAGUGAGACGAUGGGGCUAUGUUAUGUGGGAUGAGCGUCGAUGGGCUGAUAUGGGGGCUAAAGAUCUUGUUGCGAGACAGUGGGAGUCGUCGCCUGAGCUGGUUGACGAGAUUGAGAAUGAUUAUUGGUGGAGUCCCGUGGCAAGAUGA